CCACUUUGGAAGAUGUCAGCGAUCAUCAUACGCUCUAUGAAUGUCGGCGAUUUCGAGGAGGUCGAGGCCUUUCUGGCAGAGCACUUCUUCAGGCAAGAGCCGCUGAUGCUGAUCCCCCAAGAGGAUCCCAGGCAGAGCGAAGUGACUCCGGAAGAGUCGGAGCUGCACCGCUCGCUCAUCCCCCAGGGCCUCUCCUUGGUAGCUGUAGACGGAGACCGCAUUGUGGGCGUGGUCCUGGCGGGAGAACUGGUGCCCGAGGAUUUGGAAAGGGAGUUCCAGCAGACCGAGCAGAAAGAGGUCACGAACCUGCUGGACAAGAUUCACAAGUUUCUGGCCAUGAUUGAAAGGCAGGCAAACAUCUUCGAACACUUCAGAGUGGAGCGAGCCCUUUACCUCUACAUGCUAGGCGUGGACACCUCCGUUCGUCGACAAAGAGUGGGCUCCCGCCUGGUGGCCGCCACCAUUGAGCUUGGUAGACAGCGCGGAUUCCCCGUGCUGACCUCCACCUGCACCAAUAUGCACUCAUUGCGGCUCAUGACCGCCCUUCACAUGGAGUGCGUCCUUUCUAGGGAUUAUGCGAGCUACAAGGACGAGCAUGGCGAGGUAGUCCUUCGAGCGGCUGAUCCUCACACCUCGGCCAGUGUGGUGGGCUUCCGACUGUAAUGGGGGAAAGGGAACUCAUCCAAGAAAAUUCAGACAUAAAUACCUAAGCAAGUACCAUAGAUUUAAAUAGAAGGAAUGCCAAAUAGAAAAAAAAUUGUAAAGCUUAAAAAAAUUGGAAAAAAUUUUCAUUUGGUGAAGGUUUUGCCCCAAGAUUGCUUUGUAAACUCUAAAGAAUUGCAAUCUAAAUAAUUCAACUCUCAGAUUGGUUUUCAGUGGAGUGCCGCGACCAUCAGAUACCCUUUGGUAGCACCACGAAGGCAAAUUUAUUGACUGCCCGUGUGAGGCCUUUUAGCCUAAAUCUGGUAAUAAAUUGUGAAACAAUA